AUGGUAAUCGAUAAUCAUCGUAUACGUGGACAAUUUAUUGAAUCAUUACCAUUUGCGGUUAAAUUUUCAAUCGAGAAUAUUGAUUUUAUUGUGCAUCCUAAUAUUGAUAAGAUAGGCAAUCCAAAAGUGCUACUCUAUGGUCGUGCACAAUAUGAGCUUUCAGAAUGGAAAUAUACGGUACAACUUCGAGUAAAAACAGGAAGUGGCAAUCCAAAAGUGCUACUCUAUGGUCGUGCACAAUAUGAGCUUUCAGAAUGGAAAUAUACGGUACAACUUCGAGUAAAAACAGGAAGUGCCGAAAAGCAACAAGGAGUACGUGUAGUAGAUAAAUUGCUAGUUGAAUUUGGUAAUCGUAUAGCGCCAUUAUCAUUUGAUGUAACAGAUAGAAGAGUAAAACGAAUUAAAUUUGAAAUGCGAAUAGUAAAUAAGUUAUAUGAGCAUUUGCCGAUAUUUCAAAAUGGUGGUGAUGUAAUAUUAUUAUUUGAACAAAAUGAGAAAUUAUACGUUGAUAAAGCAUUGCUAGCUAUACAUUCACGUUAUAUGGCCUCAAUGCUUCAUGAUGCUGCACCAAAUGCUUUAAUUGAUAUGUGUUUGUUUAAUCGUAAUGAUUUCAUGGAAUUACUUUAUCAAAUUUAUGGUACUAGUCGACCAAUUUCCGCUAAUCUUUUUGCGCUUUCAAGAGCAGCAAUAAGUUAUAAGGCUGAUGUGAUUUUAACUAAAAUCACUAAAUUUAUAUCUAAUCUUGAUAUGGAUUUAAUAUCCAAAUUUCAAUUAGCUAUUCAAUUGGAAUUAGAUCAAACACUUAUCGAAUUAGUUUAUGAUGCCGAACAACGAGGCAUAUGGAGAGAUUUAAUUGAACAAGGAUUUGAACCAAAAUCACUUGGUACCGAAAUUUAUCAUCGUAUUAUUUGCCCGGCAAUAAUUAAAGCUCGACAAUAUCGCUUAGGCAUCAGUCCUUAUUUAUCAAAUUCACAAUUUAAUUUCCAUAUACAACAACAUCCGUAUACUGUAGCAUUAUUGGUACCAGGUCAAACAUUAUACGUAAACAAAGGAAUAUUAUCGUUAUAUAAUUUGCAUAUUUUGGAAAAUUUACAAGGUGGAUAUUUUUUACGAAUAACAUCAAAAUUGGCUACAUCUUGCGCUAAGGCAGGUAUCACCAUAAUGGAUUUAAUCCUGAAAAUGUUACAACAUAUGUAUCCGAGCCAAACAAUCAUUCCUGGGCCAUAUAUUCGACCAAUGAUGUUAUUGGCAGAGGAACAUGGAAUGAAACGAUUAUUGAAUAGUUUAUGCGAAGUUAUUCGUUUUAUUAAUUUUCCUAAUAAAUAA